AAAAUUACAAACCUCUUGACGAUUUAAAAGGCCUCCUUGUUGGAUAUCCCGGGUUCUGACACCACAAUGGAUUCCACUUGAAGAUAAGUGAUUAUGGGGAAAAAUAGGGGUGGCAAAUGGAGAUUAAAGAGUAGAAGAGGAACGCAGGUGUAAGUGUAGAAGAAAUUGCAAUGGCGGCACUCAUCCACAACCACUCCCUCAUUUAUCCUCAAUUCCCUCGUCUGAGUAGGACGACUGGCAAUGGUCAUGCACAGUCCCUCUCUUUAUCCUCGUACUCGUCCUCGUCCUCCUCCCUAUUCUCUGUUAACUCGUUUGUAAUGCAGAACAAAUGGGGAGUUGUUAAGACAAGGAAAGGGAGUAUGGUCGUGAGAGCAGAAAUGUUUGGGCAGUUGACAAGCAGUCUUGAAGAAGCCUGGUCUAAGCUCCGGAAACAAGAUGUUUUGACGAGGGAGAACAUUGCUGAGCCCAUGCGGGAUAUCCGAAGAGCUCUUUUAGAAGCAGAUGUGAGCUUGCCAGUGGUACGAAGGUUUGUGAAGGUGGUGACAGAUGAAGCCAUUGGUGUUGGUGUUAUUCGAGGCGUGAAACCAGAUCAGCAAUUAGUAAAGGUGGUGAACGAUGAGCUGAUCAAAUUAAUGGGAGGACAGGUUGCAGAACUUGAGUUUGCAAAAGCUGGACCUACAGUGAUAUUGAUGGCAGGUUUACAGGGUGUGGGGAAAACAACAGCUUCUGCAAAGUUGGCCCUCUAUCUCAAGAAGAAAGGAAAGAGUUGCAUGUUGGUUGCGGCUGAUGUAUAUAGACCUGCUGCUAUUGAUCAACUUGUAAUUCUUGGAAAGCAGGUGGAAGUCCCUGUAUAUGAAGCAGGGAUUAAUAUAACACCAAUGGAAAUAGCAAAGCAGGGUUUGGAAGAGGCAAAGAAGAAGAAUAUGGAUGUGGUUAUUGUGGACACUGCGGGAAGACUGCAGGUAGACAAAACCAUGAUGGAUGAAUUGAAGCAAGUUAAGAAGGCUGUGAAUCCUACAGAGGUUCUGCUUGUAGUUGAUGCAAUGACUGGCCAAGAAGCUGCAGCUUUGGUGGCGGCAUUUAAUCUUGAGAUUGGAAUCACUGGUGCCAUAUUGACUAAGCUUGAUGGCGAUUCUAGGGGUGGUGCAGCUCUUAGUGUUCGAGAGGUAUCUGGAAAACCCAUCAAAUUUGUUGGGCAAGGAGAACGCAUGGAAGAUCUUGAACCUUUCUAUCCUGAUCGCAUGGCUAGCCGCAUCUUAGGAAUGGGAGAUGUUCUCACAUUUGUGGAAAAGGCGCAGGAAGUUAUGAAACAAGAAGAGGCAGAGGAAUUAGAAAAGAAGAUCAUGCAGUCGAAAUAUGAUUUUAAUGACUUCCUUAAGCAGACCCGUUUUGUUGCACGCAUGGGUUCUAUGAAUCGUGUGAUUGGAAUGAUCCCAGGGAUGGGGAAGGUAACCCCUGCACAGAUUCGUGAGGCAGAGAAGAGUCUGAAAAUUGUAGAAUCAAUGAUCAAUGCAAUGACUGAAGAAGAAAGAGAAAACCCCGAGUUGUUAGCAGCAUCUCCUGCUAGAAAAAGAAGAAUUGCUCAAGAUUCUGGCAGGACACCACAGCAGGUGACCCAACUUGUUGCUCAACUUUUCCAAAUGCGGGCUCGCAUGAAAAAUUUAAUGGGCUCCAUGAAAGGCGGAACUGCUCCUACCCUUGAAAACCUCAAUGAAUCCCUUAAAGUAUCACAGAAGGUGCCUCUAGGAAAAGCAAAGCGAAGGAGGAAUAGAGUAUGAUGGAUAAAAUGACGUCUUUAGGGAUUUAUUCUAAUCGCUCGAGAAAAAUCGAUUGUUCUACUAUAAUAUCCCUCAUUUACCUAACAUGUAUACAAGGGUCCUAGUCCCUUACAAAACCAAGCACACGAGGGAUGCAUAAUAUCAUUGUUCUUUUCCAAAAAGCAAUAAUAUUCUGUAUAAUAUUGUAAGAAAAUACUUUUGAAAAAUGAACUCAUGAGGAGUGCAAUGAAAGGCAGUUAAGACAUUCUAACACUCCCAAUGUUUGGAGACUAAGAUUUAAAAGCAUGAUACACCGAUUAAAAAAAAAUGAUUUAAAAGCAUAAUACCAUUCUAGGAUAUUAAUUGCAUUUAUUUUUAUUGUCAAACUCCAAAGCGAAUAAAAUAAAAUAACAUAUCAAGAUUCAA